UAGAUUUUCCCUGCUUUCUCUCCUAAAGCUGAUUCCUUGCAGACAUGGUCCGUACAAUCAACUGCAUCGUCGCGGUGUCCCAGAACAUGGGCAUUGGGAGGCAUGGAGACCUGCCCUGGCCCAUGCUCAGGAAUGAGUUCAAGUACUUCCAAAAAAUGACCACAACUCCUUCAGUAGAAGGCAAACAGAAUCUUGUGAUAAUGGGGAGGAAGACCUGGUUCUCCAUUCCUGAGAAGAAUCGACCGCUGAAAGACAGAAUUAAUAUAGUUCUUAGCAGAGAACUGAAGGAACCUCCUCAUGGAGCUCAUUAUCUGGCCAGCAGUCUGGAUGAUGCAUUAAACCUUCUCGAACUUCCAGAACUAGCAGAUAAGGUAGACAUGGUUUGGAUAGUUGGAGGCAGCUCUGUUUAUCAGGAAGCAAUGAAGAAACCUGGCCAUCAGCGCCUGUUUAUAACAAGAGUUUUGCAAGAAUUUGAGUGUGACACAUUUUUCCCAGAAAUUGAUCUACAGAAAUAUAAACUUCUCCAAAAUUAUCCAGGUGUUAAUACUGAUGUCCAAGAAGAAAAAGGCAUUCAGUAUAAAUUUGAAGUAUAUGAAAAACAUGAUUAAUAUGAAAGGUUUGAAGACUGUUAUUUCCAACCAAUUUUUCCACCAAAAAUGAAGUGUCUAUCAUGUUAGUAUAAAAACUAUUAUUAUAGAUAUUGUUUAUUCUUUUUAAUUUUUCAGUCAAUAAAAUUUUAUUAAGU